CUCCAGAACUUCAACAAGCAUAUUAAUAAUUACAUGUAUAUUGUCACUAGAUUAGUGAAAAGCAUUAUCUUAACCCUAAUUGCAACAAGCAUUAUCUUAACUACAACUAUUAUUAAUAAUUUUUCUCCAGAACUUCAACAAGCAUUAUCUUAACUAAACUAUUCAGACACCCGACCGAUGCAAUUAUACCCCAUUUUUGGUUAGCUGAUAACCGACAGUUAACAAUUAGACCGGCCGGUUAGCCGCUAAUCGGCAACCGAAAUGACAACCCUAAUUGCACCUUGCUCGCUCUUGAAACCUCCAACGCCGCUUGUAGCAACAUGCAACAGAAGCUAAGGGAUGAUGGACCAAACCAAAACAAAGAAGGGAAACUAGAAACAACCAGCUCAGAUGGAGGGUAGCGGAAGCCCAAGGAGGCACCUUCGACCAUUUCUCGUCGGACCAAACUCCAUCAACUCAUCAUUGUAAGCAAAUAAAAAGGGAGAUAUCAGAAAGAAGGGACAACAGGUGAAGGAACCAACAAGGACAAACUUCUGUCUUCAAAAUCUACAAUUCGAGUCCAAGUAGCUGAGGGCCAAAUAUCUCCGAAACAUUGAGAUCUACAGAGCGAAAGAAUAAGGUAAACGAAGUAAUGAGGAUGAAAAGACAAGUUGAACUCAUAACAAGUCAAUCCUCCUUUGUUAACUAGAUCGUUACGUCUCCUACUCCUAGGGCUGGGUAUGCCGCGGAUCACCCCGCGUGUUUGGGCUGACCUGCUCGCAUUUUACUCGAACUUUGUUAUGUGGGUGGGUGACGGGUUGCGGUGGGAGCCAUUCGUCAGGUGGCGGGUGGGUUGUCGACGGGUGCGCGUGUGACCCGCUCAACCCAACAACAAGAAGAGCAAAAUCGUUGGCGCUAGAGAGUGGAGACGUUAGACGGAAAUUAGGGCUGCUCUUGGAGAUUGAACGUCACAGCCAAUCUUCCAAUUCGGGAUCCCCUCUUCUUCCCUUUAUUUUUUCCUUUGAUUCUUGUGCCUAGAUCACCUCUCUUUCCUCCGUUGAAUUAUUUUUCUAGGUCCAUGCAACUGAUGAUCAUAUCCAUCUGUAGAAAACUCCUCCGUAAUAGAAUUUGUAUCUGAUUUCAUAACUAAUUCCACAUUUUUCUCUUUUUGUUUCCACCCGAUUAUUCUCUACACCGAUUAUCAUGUCAAAUUGACUCAUUAUAUUAUUUACAUUGUGAUGUGGGUGAACCCACAAACCCACCCACAUCAUUCACCAUUUUCCCAAGCUAACCUGAGACUAAAUGUGGGUGAGUGGUGAGUGAAAAAUAGUCAAUCCGUUUAAGUGUGGGUGGGUGCAUCCGCCAAACUCACACAAUGCCCAAUUCUAACUUCUCUAUAUAUGAUAAAUUAGAAACAGAGGACAAAAACUCAACCCAGAAAGGACUUCCAAACCCACUAGGGGAAAUUGAACAUCUACAAGAGAAAAGACAAUAUUAAAUCGAAUAUAGUGUGGUUUCGUCUUUGGUCUCAUAAAUUUUAUAAUAACUUAAGAAUGAACUGAAUUGACAUUUGAACCGGAUCAAACCGAACCCAAUGCCCUGUUAGUCAAUCCUCGAUCCUAUGAUGUAUUUCACUACCGGGAUGUACUAACUACAUCUUAAAAAUCCUUAAAAAAAUUAAGGUGUAUUCAAUUUCCAAACGAUGCCUAACCUACAUGUGUCUAGGAGUUUCAAGUGUGCAACAGUUUGGUUUGUACCAUACUGCAUUGAACCAAACCGAUUAUUGGACCGGACCAUAUCGAAAAUUGAAUAUAGCGUGGUUCGGUCUUUAGUCUCAUAAAUUUUAUAAAUAUUUAAAAAAUAAACUGAAUUGACAUUUGGACUAGACCGAACCGGACCCAAUGAACUGUUGGUUCAGUCCUCAAUCCUAUGAUGUAUUUUAGUAUUGGACCGCGGUUCCCAAGAGUUUGGUCCAGAUCGGGAACAUUUCACACCUGAUGCUCCGCCAAUGCUUGAAGUAUCAAAAGUUUUGAGAAUUUUUUAUGUGUUUGGAAUAUAAAGAAAAUCAAUUUAAAUUCUAAAUUUUGGAUUUUGAGGAAUUGAGGUUAGUUUUAGCAAUUGUGAUGAAUUGAGAUGGAAUUUCCAAAUGAAUUACACAAGUAUUUUCAUAAUUACGAUAAAAUCACAUAACUAUCCUGACACCAAUACUCCAUACUUCCGCGCCUAACUUUCCUUGCUUGCUUAGUCGCUACUUAACCUAAUGUAUAAUCAUGUGGAGAACAACCUUUAUUAGCUCAAGAGAAAAAUGGAUUAUAGAGAAUAUUUUUAACAGAUGGAUCUUAAAAUUAUUUAAAAUUUAAUAUUUAAAUGAAAUAAAUUCUCAAAUCAUUUAAUUCCAUCGGUAGAAUUUCUUGCGAAGAAAACUUUUACAUGAAUUAGGCACUUAUACGGGUACGAAACCAAACUAUUUGGCAACACCGGGACGUAGAUCAUGCAAGCAUCAUGAAAUUUCCAUCUCAAUGGUCCAAAUAAGAUUAUUUUUUUGGUGAUGAGAUAUCUUUUAAUAAAUUUAAAUCAAAACUCAAUUAUUAUGAUUGUCUAAAUCCAAUUAUGGUAGCAAGUGGUUUGUGGCCUAAAGUAAACCUUGUGGGAAUAUUGUACAGCUGGUACUCCACACAAUGGUAAUAGUGUAAUUUAAGCGAAUAAUUGGCUUAAACUUUUUAAUGAUAUAAAUAUUUAUUAGUAAUUAAGAGACUUACAGGAAAUAAAUUUCGGCCAAGUUGCAUGAAAGCUUUCUUAUUAUAGGUUUGGUGGAUGGUCACUAGCGUUCCUUUUAUUUUUCAAUUUAAAAAUUUAUUUUUUACGGUAUAUAUUAUAUUUCUUUUCCGGAUAUUUAUGGUAAAAAAAAUUAAUCUAAAUUUGUAUAAUAUAAAUUGAGCUAGGACCAGCCUAAACGCUUCUGCAAAGACAUGACUGAUCUGGUAAUCUGUGCCAACUAAUUAUUAUUUUUUUAAAUGGACGCAGGGCAUCUUUCUCAGCACUACAUUUUUUAUAUAUACAACGGAAUGACACUUUAUUUUAAUUUACGCACCAAAGGAGGGGGGGGGGGGGGGGGUGGGGGGGUGGGAAAGCAAGUAUGCCACUAAGAGUUUAUUAACCAAAUCAAGUAUGCUAGCCAAGGAAUGAUAAUGGAUUGGGUCAGAAGCUAAUAGUGCAUACCCAUUAUCUUAACUAAAGUAUGUUCGGGUUUUACUCAUAUCCAUAUCCACACAAGAAUCGAGAAGAAAAAUUAAAAUCAUGUUCAUGCCAAUCGGGUUUCGAUAUAAAUGGUUAUCCAUCAGUAAUAUUUUUCUUCCAUAACUUCAACAAUCAUAUUAAUAAUUACAUGUAUAUUAAUGUCACUAGAUUAGUGAAAAGUAUAACAAUAAAUCACUAUAACGAAGACCAUUAGUUGAAGAGAACACAAUUUCAUGACAAUAUUAUAUAAGUAUAAAAAAUAUCAAAUAUUAUGAGAAAAUUAAAACCAUUUAUUGAUAAAAUACAUACACACGUAGAAUCGGACGAACUCAAAUCAAAUAGUGAGAAAACCAUGUCCAACCAUUAUCCAUAAUAUUCCAUCUGGGUUUUGCAAUGAAAUCCUUCGUAUUCGAAUUUUACAUACGGAGGACAUUGGCUCUUUGCUUUUCCUGUUUGUUUCUUUAGUUUCAUUAUUAAUAAUAAUAUGGGUUAUUAUUAAAAAAAAUGUACCUAUUAGUUUAACUAACGAUCAGCCGUGGUAAUCACGUCAAUUUUUUUUUUUGGUUGUCAUCUCUAUUCUUCAUUGGAAUCAUGAACUGGACCGCAAUCCAAACAUUGCUUUGUGUUUUCUUUAAUUAGAGUUACUUUAUUCGAAAUAAACCGAUACAUAUAUACAUCUAACGACUAGAUCACCUAUGUAUAGUAUUACCAUAUAUAUAAAAGGAAAGUGUAGCUGCUUUCUGGUUUCUAUAUAUAGUAGUACACAGUAAACAGUUGCCACCCAUCAUCAGGUUCAGGUACAACACAGAUUAAAAGAAGAGAAACACGAUGUUGCUUCAAUCAGACGAAGUACUGCCGGCGACGGGGUUUCCGGCCGGUGCAGAUCAUCCGAUACAGUCAGCUGUGUUCGAUGAAACUUUGUGGGGGGGCCACUUCCUCACCAAUGAUCAGGGGCAUCCUGUUCUAGGCCCAGAAAGUAGGGAAUAUGAAACUUUGAAGGAAGAGGUGCGGAUGAUGGUGACAAUUGCAGUCGAUAAUACCGAUGAUGAUACGGUGGCGAUAAAACAGAAGUUGAGGCUGAUUAAUGCAAUCCAGUGCUUAGGGAUUGGGUAUCACUUCGAGAUGGAGAUUGAAGAAGCUCUGAAAAAAGUGUACACUCUUGGUCUUGGAGGAGACUCGUUCAUUGAAAAGUAUGAUGAUAUUGAUCUCCACCAUGUCUCUCUUUGGUUUCGACUCCUCCGACAACAGGGCUUUCGUGUUUCUCCUGAUGUGUUUAGAAAGUUCAAGGACGGUGACAAGGGGAAGUUCAAAGAAUCGUUGGCAUUGGACGGGCAAGGACUGUUGAGCUUGUACGAGGCUGCACAUGUGGCGAUCCAUGGCGAAGAAGACAUGCUGGAUGAAGCUCUGAGCUUCACAACCAAGAACCUGGAGCUAGUUAUUCAGGAUCCCAAGACCUCUUCGUCCUUCAAGAAGCAAGUUGAAUUUUCCCUCGCCCUUCCUAUAUGGAAAUGCGUCCCUAGGACACUUGCUAGGCAUCGCAUCGACGUUUACUCCGAAACAGAAGAGCAAGAAGCCGCCUUAGCCUCCCCCAAUGAGACCAUAAUCUUGAAGUUGGCAAAGUUGGACUUUAACAUGGUGCAGGGAGUUCAUCAACAGGAGCUCCACGAACUCACAAUGUGGUGGGCGAGUCUUGAAACGACAACCAAAUUUCCAUAUGCAAGAGAUAGACUUGUGGAGUGCUAUUUCUGGAUCAACACUGUUUACCCCGAGCCCGAGCAUCGUGUGGGUAGGAUCAUACUCACCAAAUGCGGAGCUGUCUUGACCCUCAUGGACGAUUUCUACGAUAAUUUUGGUGAUUACGAACAGCUUGAGAUCCUCACGGGGGCCAUUCAGAGGUUGGAUAUUUUGGCUCUGGAAGAACUCCCUGAGGGGAUGAUGAAGGAUGCCUACCGGGUCGUCAUCUUUAACCUUUUCCAAGAAAUGGAGCAGGCCGUAUCAGAAACUAGUGGUCCCACUUAUGGCCUCGACUACUGCAAGCAAGAGUUCAAGAACUGGUGCCGGUCCUUAUUGGCUGAGGCAUGGUGGCGCACUGAGGGCCAUGUUCCAACUCUGAGGGAGUACCUGGCUCAUGCAAACAUAACCAGCUCUUAUUUCUUCGUCUGCGCAUCUGCAUAUCUGGGUAUCGGACCAGAACUGGCCACCAGGGAGGCCUUCCACUGGGUGACCGAUAAGACUAACAAGAUGGUGCUGGCCUCCGCUUCCAUUUGCAGGCUCCAGAACGACAUCAUGUCUUACUCGUUCGAGCAAGAGAGGCUGCACGUGGCAUCGGCGGUUCAGUGCUACAUCAAGGAGCACGGUGUCUCCGACGAGGAGGCGAUAGUAGCAUUGUUGGGCCGGAUUUCAGAUGCUUGGAAAGACAUGACUGAGGUUAUGUGCUGCCAGAAACCAAUAACCCCGUUCCCGGCGGCUCUGUUGUCUCCGGUGAUCAACUUCGCCCGAUCAAUCAGUGUGAUUUAUUUGAAGGCCGAUGCCUUCACAUAUCCCCAGCUUUUGAAGGAACGCAUUGCCGCCCUCUUCAUCGACCCUGUGCCGCUUUGAUCAACCUCAGACAUCGCGAUCAAUAUGUAAUAUAAUGUCAUGCAGCUAGCUAGCUGGUUUCCUUCAAAUUUUCAGUUAAAAAGAAUCUCGUGUGUCUUUUCUCCCUACCGUUUGCGCGCUUCCAGUGGGAAAAGCGUACGAGUAAUUUCGUGGUAAACAAAAUGUGCUUUAAGGUUUUGAUGAAUAUCUAGUUUAAUUUACCUCGUUCGUUUCGAUUAUGUUUUCGGAAAGUAUAUCACAUAGGUUUGAGUUCAUGGGUGUUUGGAGGGGAUGUGAUCCCAUGAGUUUCAGUAACGUUAAGGUUAAAGCUUCCUUCUAUCCUUUAUAACAUUUGUGUGCUUUGAUUUCGAGAACUUGGAUUAUUAAAUUCCUAUGUUAUUAUGUAAGCUUACACCAAUUUGUAAGAAUUUGGAUUCUUAACUCGUUUGUGAGUUACGAUUUAUGUUUAUGAAGUUAUUGUUAAGAUGUUAUGAGCUUGUUUUAAUUUAGAUAUGAAUUGCAGGUACUUAUUCUUUUAUAAAAACUCUGUGCACUCAUAUUUUACAUAGUUUAUGGCGUACUUAACAGAUUUUGAACUAUUAUACAGGAUGCAUAAAAUACUUACGCUUUUACGCUUUGAUUCACCGCUUUUCGAUUUUACCCCUUUUCCACUUUUAAGUAGAAUCACGCUUUUAACUGCAUUGCGUAUGAUAACCAUUAAUGUUAUCUAUACUUUGAAUUAACCAUAUUAUGGUGUAUGAUAUCAUAGCUAAGCUUACACAUAAACUUUAGAUUCUAAUUUUCUAAAUCUUAACAUUAUAUUCACGAGAUUACUGGUGCAGAUCUCCAAGCGGUUGUUAAAGCAUUUUUUAAAUACCUAAUCUCAUUCAUUUUACAUCUAAUUUGAAACAAAUUUGCAUAGAAAAAUCAAAUUUUUUUAUCCUCUACAAGAUUAUAUCAAUUUUGAUGUUUUUUGGAGCAAAAUUUUUAUGUCAUCAAACGGAAUAAAAUACCGAAUUAGACCUUAGCCGUGCGCCCACUAUCACAUCACGAUAUUACCACUAAAAGUUGUUUAUGAUAUCAUAAUGAUAUGAUGUUGAUAUGAUAUUGGUAUGAUAGUGAUAUGAUGUUGGUAUGAUGUCUUAUAUUUGACAUAAUAAUUUGAUGACAUCAUAUCACUGUGGUAAUAUCAUAAGAUGAUAGUGAUAUAUAUAAUGUUAAUCAAUGUGUGAUAAUUUCUAUGCAAAACUUUUUAAAUUCUUAGUUAAAAAGAAUGAGAUAGGGUCCAUUUUAAAAAUAUGGGAUUAGAAAAAGAGUCUUUUCUCUCCACUAGAUUCGUGUUGGUAAAGAAAAGGCUCGGGUAUAGGCCUAUGGUGGUAAUUAAUGGUGGUAUACGAUGAUGAAAAGUGGUAAAUAAAAGUUAGUAUAUUCCUACUAUAAUUGUAUAUAAUCCUUUUACACUCCUAUAUAUUACGACCAUGAUACAGUUCCCCCACGUGGUAUAGUCUCAUUAUCACAUAGUAUGGACCGGUAAUAAAUAUCUCAAAAUUUUUGCUCCAAAAGAUAUCAAAGUGGAUGUUAAUUUGAAUAACACAAUUAAUUUGAUUUUUUUUUUAAUUUUUUUAAAUGCCACUUAAAAUGAAAGAUGAUUGUUUGGUUAAAAUUAAUUGGGAGUAAGUUAGAAGUCUUCUAUAAAUGAUAAGUAGAUGAUUUUAUUGACUCAUAAGUUAUGCAUUGUAUCUGAUCCCAUUCAAUGCCGGAUCCAUGGGGCUCAAGGGGUGUCCCGGGACACCCUUAAAAUUUGGGAGCACGAUUAUUCAACUCCUGAUAGUAGUUUGCAUAUAAGUAAAAAAAAAAUAUUUAAGUGGCAGCAAGACACUCCUAAAAUUUGGAAAAAAUGAUUAUAAUUCUCCAAUAGUAGUUUGUGUACGGGUAAAUGUAAACAUUUAAGUGGUUGCCUAUGUGAUAUGAACUUGGGUCGCUGCUACUAUUAGUAAACAUAUAUUUCAUUAGACUAUAACUCAUUUGUUCUUGUAUUUCAAAUCCAAAUUUAAUAGUAAAAAGCUAUUUCUUAUCCCAAUUAUGUUCAAAAGUUAGCGAUUAAACCCAAUUACGGGCUCCCCUUGUCUAGUGGGAUAUAUCGAGAGACAUUUGUAGAGCAUUGUUAGACACCGAUUAUAUUUUUUUUUCAAAAUACGAAACACGUCAUGUGCUUUGUCGUACUUUGGACAAGUCAGAUAUUUUCUAAUUUAAUAAUUAUAUAAUUAUAAAUUUAAAUUAAUUUUUAGAAGAGGACACCCCUAUAUAAAAUUUCUGGAUCCGUCACUAAUCCCAUUAGUUCCCCUUCUUCUUGGUAAGUCAGACUUAUAUCUGCUUAUGAGAAUCAAAACAAAUGUAAUUUUUUUUGUAUAAAAAAUAUAUUAUACCAGAGUUGAGAUUAGUUUUUCACCAAAUUUAAUGUAACAAAAGCAAAAGUGUGAAUUAUAGAUUUUCAUGUACAAUUAUUUAUGUAUUUCUUAUUCAUAGAAAUAUAUAUAUAAACUUCAGGAUUUGAACUAUGAUCUCUUCAGACAAAGACAAGAAUCAUUAUCAAUUAAACUAAACAAAUUUGUUGUAUUUUUCCGAAUUAAACAUACGAAAACCUAAAAUCUGAAUGAUGAGAUGACUUUUCCACUAUGGUUAGUUUGCUCACUAACUCUCAGACAAAUACUUCUUUGGUGUUUGAUAUUUCAAUUUUCAUUUUUGAUUAAUCAACUUAAUUUAUAUCUAUAUCCUAAACCUAAAGUGAUAUUUCAAGUGUCACUUUAAUUUCAUAUGAAAAAGAAAGGACGUAAGAAAAAGGAUAGUUGGCCGCACGUUAACUUGUCGUUUGUCAUAUACGUAAACUUUACUAACUAAGUACUUGAUUAGUUAUAGCCUAUAGGAUUACAUUAUUACUACUCAGCUGUCAGCAUUAAUAAUGAUAGCAAUUUGGG